AGUAGAUGCAAAGUCAAGAGAGAUGACAUUAGGGAGGGAUCAAGUGGGAUUUAACAUUUUCGGUGUUUUCUUAGCUUGUUGUAUUUGGUUUGCAGACAUUAGUUUAAAUAAAUAACCUGUAAUUGGAAUAGCAAAACACCACUUGAAACAAUUCCAUUAUAUUUAUGGCUGCAAAAUCUCUGUUCUUUUCUGUAUGUUAUUCAUGACUCUUUCUUAUUAACGAGAAAUUUUGGUGUGGUAUGUUUAUACUGCAGAAUACAUGAAUGCCUAUUCCAAUUUCAGGGAAAAUUUCAUGAUUCUUUCUUGUUAACAGAAAUUUUGGUGUGGUAUGUUUCUUGCAGGUUUGGGACUGAACUUCGGAAACGGAAAGUGGAACUUCUGUGGCAGCAAAAACCAAACUAGUUGGAUCUGCAUCAGAAGAGACUAAAUAGAUAAGCCAAAAAAUAGGUCGACCAAGGUAACAAAAAAUAUCCUGAAAAAACAGGUCGGUAAUGGUAACAAUAAAUAUCCUCACAUGAGGAAGAGCUGUGCCGUACAAUAAUAGUGACUUCCAGAGGCCAGAGCCAAUUUCAGCUGCACACGUGAUUGUGGCCCAAAAAAUCCUUAUGUCGGGCAGUAGAAGUUAACUAACUAGGUUGUUUGAACUUUGAGAAAUAUUGUCCUCAAUUUCUUUGCUCAAUUCAGUACAUACACAUACACCCAUUUUUGAUCUUCUUUUACCUAUUUAAACCGCAGCGAUAUUCAGCUCCCAAUACCAACUCAAAAGAAAGAAGAAAAAGUUCAGUACAUUUUAAGUAACCUACAAUGGCAACAAUCAGUUUUGCAAAGAGUGCUGCAGUAAUGAACAUCUCCGGUUCAUUCCCUCAAACCUCGUCAGUAUCAUCUGGCAAAGUCUCUAGAGUUAGCUUCCCCUCAAAUUUCAAUGAAAGAAACAUAGCAGCUAGACAAAUGAAGUGCAGAGCAGAACCUUCAGCAGCUGGACAAGCAGCGGACAAAAUAGACGAAGGCAUUGCAAAAGUAACAGAAUUGUCUGAUGAUGCAAAAGCAAAAGCCACAAGAGAUUUUGAUGAAGCCAGUGCGAAAAAAACCGAAUUAGAAACCGAUGCUAAAGCUGAAGCGGAGAAAGUUAAAGCCAGUGUAGUAGAUGCAGGAGAGAAAGCCAAAGAAAAUGUGGACGGUGCAUUUGAAGCUGCUAAAGAUAAAGCAGAAGCCAUCAAAGAUGCAGUUCUUGGCAAAGAAUGAAACAAAUGACAUUGUGUUGUGUAAUAAUAGCCU